GAGAGAGAGAGAGGGGAAAAACAAAAACAACACAAAACAAGGCAACAGGCACCGGUCACACUCUGCACAUUUCUGCCAUUGCAAUGAAAUGAGGGCACCAUGGGCGCCAAAGAGUCACGGAUAGGCUUCCUUUCGUUUGACGAGGCCGUUAAAAGAGUUACCGAUGUGGAGCUCAAACGUCUGCGAGAUGCCUUCAAGAGGACCAGUGGCCUGUCUGUCUAUAUGACCCAGCAAUGCUUCUACAGGGAAGUACUGGGCGAUGGAGUGCCCCCAAAGGUUGCAGAGGUGAUCUACAGCUCUUUUGGUGGCACAUCUAAAGGGCUACACUUCAACUACCUGAUUGUCGGGCUGGUUCUGUUAACAAGAGGACGCGAUGAAGAGAAAGCCAAAUACAUCUUCAGCUUGUUCGCCAGUGAUUCGGGAGCCUAUGUGGUCCGGGAGGAUGUGGAGAACAUGCUACGUUCAGUGGAUGGGGAGGUCCCGCUCUCUCUUAGGAAGUGCUUCACGGAGGGAGAGAAAGUGAAUUAUGAGAAGUUUAAGAGCUGGCUCCUGCAGAAUAAAGAUGCUUUCACAUUCUCCCGCUGGCUGCUGUCAGGUGGCGUGUGCGUCACGUUGACCGACGACAGCGACACACCCACCUUCUAUCAAACCCUGGCAGGUGUCACACACUUAGAAGAAUCGGACAUUAUCGACUUGGAAAAGCGCUACUGGCUGCUGAAAGCCCAAUCAAGGACAGGCCGCUUUGAUUUGGAAACCUUUGUCCCUCUGGUCUCGCCCCCUAUUCAUGCAUCGCUAAGUGAAGGCUUGUUUCAUGCCUUUGAUGAGAAUCGGGACAAUCAUAUUGACUUUAAGGAGAUAUCGUGCGGGCUCUCAGCUUGCUGUCGGGGCCCUGUAGCAGAGAGGCAGAAGUUUUGUUUUAAAGUGUUCGAUGUAGAUCGGGAUGGAGUUCUGUCCAGGGAUGAGAUCCAUGAGAUGGUGGUGGCGCUGCUGGAAGUGUGGAAGGACAACCGUACAGAUACCCUCCCCGAGUUUGAUUCCAGCGUGUCAGACAUUGUAGAGGACAUACUGAAAAUGCACGACACAACAAAACACGGGCACUUAACACUGGAGGACUAUCAGAUAUGGAGCGUGAAAAGUGCCCUCGCCAAUGAGUUCCUCAAUUUGCUGUUUCAGGUGUGUCAUAUCGUCCUGGGCUUGCGUCCUGCUACCCCUGAAGAGGAAGGCCAGAUCAUUAGGGGUUGGCUGGAGCGGGAGAGCAGGCAUGGGCUACAGCCCAGUCAGAACUGGUUUCUGAUCUCCAUGCAGUGGUGGCAGCAGUGGAAAGACUAUGUCAGAUAUGAUAAUAAGUCGAUUGUCGUAGAGCAGCCAUCAAUUCAGGGCAGUGGGAUGAGAAGUUCUCAGUCUACAGCACCUAUAGAGCCUGUCCUGAACAGAAUUGGAAUAGUUGUGCGUUCUCCCAGUUCCCCAGAGGAAAAAUUUCCUGAUAACAUCUCCAGCUCAUCAGAGGCCUCGGAGAGCACUGGUAAUAGCCUGACUCCACACAUCAGUUCUUCUGCCACAGACGUCUGCUUCGCUCGGCAGCACAACGUCUCUGACAACAACAACCAGUGUUUCUCCAGUGUCAAUGGCCAUUUGCCCAACAGCAUGGUCACACAGAGGCCCGGUGCCAUCGACAACCAGCCUCUGGUGACCACCGAACCCAUGAAGGCACCCACGUUGACUAUGGAGGGAGGGCGGCUGAAGAAGUCCCAACAGCUGUUGGCUAGCCGGGACUUUGAGACUGUGCCAGAGCCGGUAUGGAGGGCACUUUAUCACUGGUAUGGGGCCAACGUCAGCCUCCCCCGACCGGUCAUCAUGUCUACAGUCACAGUUCACCCAGAACUAGAGCUCUUCCCCCGCUACCUUCUGUUCCUGCGACAGCAACCGGCCACACGCAGCCCUCAGUCUAACAUCUGGGUUAAUAUGGGUAUGAGCAGCCUGCGAAUGUUCCCUCCACAUAUGCCCCGAGGAAAUGUUCCUUCUCCGAAUGCCCCUCUGAAGCGAGUGCUGGCAUACACGGGAUGUUUCAGCAGGAUGGGCACCAUUAAAGACAUUCAUGAUUACCUGUCCCAGAGGUUACGCAUAAAAGAAGAGGACAUGCGCCUCUGGCUCUACAAUAGUGAGAAUUACCUCACUCUCCUGGACGAUGAAGAUCACACUUUAGAAAGUUUGAAAAUUCAAGACGAACAGCACUUAGUCAUUGAGGUUCGAAACAAAGAUAUGAGCUGGCCAGAGGAAAUGUCUUUCAUUGCAAAUAGCAGCAAAAUCGACAGACACAAAGUUCCUACUGAGAAAGGUGCCACAGGUUUGAGUAACCUGGGUAACACAUGCUUCAUGAACUCCAGCAUUCAGUGUGUAAGCAAUACCAAGCCCCUCACUGAGUACUUCAUCUCAGGGCGACACCUUUAUGAGCUUAACAGAACCAAUCCAAUAGGAAUGCGUGGUCACAUGGCCAAAUGCUAUGGUGAUUUGGUACAGGAACUCUGGAGCGGCACCCAGAAGAACGUUGCACCUCUAAAACUCAGGUGGACAAUAGCAAAGUAUGCACCGAGAUUCAAUGGCUUCCAGCAGCAAGACUCCCAGGAGCUCUUGGCAUUUCUCUUGGAUGGGCUUCACGAAGACUUGAAUCGCGUGCACGAGAAGCCGUACGUGGAGCUCAAGGAUAGUGAUGGACGCCCAGAUCAUGAAGUAGCCACAGAGGCCUGGGAAAACCAUUUGCGGAGAAAUCGUUCAAUUGUGGUGGACCUCUUCCAUGGGCAGCUCAGGUCCCAGGUGAAGUGCAAGACCUGCGGCCACAUCAGCGCCCGCUUCGACCCCUUUAACUUCCUAUCACUGCCGCUGCCCAUGGACAGCUACAUGCACUUAGAAAUCACAGUUAUCAAACUUGACGGCUCUACUCCGGUGCGUUACGGGCUCCGUCUCAACAUGGAUGAGAAGUACAUGGGCCUGAAGAAACAGCUGAGCGAGCUGUGCAGCCUGAAACCUGAGCAGAUCCUACUGGCUGAGGUUCAUACAUCCAACAUCAAGAACUUUCCUCAGGACAACCAGAAGGUGCGACACUCUGUGAACUGCUUCCUCUGUGCAUUUGAAAUCCCUGUGCCUGGCUCACCCACCUCAGUCACCUCUCCAGUGCAAACAGAAAAAACACCUACAGCCAACGGGACAGCAGGAAACAAUCACAUUGGAAAGUCUGGCCUAAUUCCCAAUGGCAUGCCCAGCACAGUAGUCCCCUGUACCCCCGAGAAGCCCCUCGCCAAUGGUAUCCCUAAUGGCCAUGCUGUGCCGGUGCAAGACAGCCCCUUCAUUGGCUACAUCAUUGCCAUGCACAGAAAGAUGAUGCGGACGGAGCUGUACUUCCUGUCCUCUCAGAAGAACAGGCCCAGUCUGUUUGGCAUGCCGCUUAUUGUGCCAUGCACUGUGCACACAAGUAAAAAGGACCUGUAUGAUGCCGUGUGGAUCCAGGUGUCCCGACUUGCCAGCCCUCUGCCCCCACAGGAAGCCAGCAACCACGCUCAAGACUGUGAUGACAGUAUGGGCUACCAAUACCCCUUCACUCUGCGGGUGGUGCAGAAAGAUGGUAAUUCCUGUGCCUGGUGUCCCUGGUACAGGUUCUGCAGAGGCUGCACGGUGGACUGUAAUGAAGACAGAGCAUCUUUGGGGAAUGCCUACAUUGCUGUAGACUGGGACCCCACCGCCCUGCACCUUCGCUACCAGACCUCACAGGAAAGAAUAGUGGAAGAGCAUCCCAGUGUUGAGCAGAGUCGGCGUGCUCAGGCAGAGCCUAUCAGUCUGGACAGCUGUUUGAAAGCCUUCACCAGUGAAGAAGAGUUAGGGGAGGAUGAGCUCUAUUACUGCUCCAAGUGUAAGACCCAUCGCCUGGCCACCAAGAAGCUGGACCUCUGGAGGCUGCCCCCCGUACUGAUUGUUCAUUUGAAACGCUUCCAGUUUGUCAAUGGUCGGUGGAUUAAGUCUCAGAAGAUUGUGAAGUUUCCACGCGAGAGCUUUGACCCCAGUGCGUUCCUGACCCCACGGGAGGUAGCUCAGAGCAUGGGCAGCUUGCAGAGCCUCCAAAGCGAAUGCCUGGUAGAGGAGCUCCAGAGGCUGGAGAGAGGAGACUCCUCUGUGUCCUCCAUCUCCACUACUACUGUGGCCAGUCCUCCCACCUCUGGCAGAGGCACCCCAUGCUCUAUCAGGAGGGUGUGCAGCCCAUUGAGCAGAAACAGCAGCCCUGGCAGCAGCCCCAAAAAUACAGGACGGAAACAGGGGCGUCUGCGUCUUCCACAGCUGGGCAGUAGGCAUCGACUCUGCAACAGUAAAGAAAACCUGGAUGCCUGUAGCAAUAGCAAGGAGAGCGAGACCGAGUCAGAGCAGGGCACAGUGACGGACGGGGAGAAUCAGAUGCCAUCUGAUUCAAAUGGGCAAGACACCUGGUCACUGGACGCCUCAAGCAGCGACUGCGAUGUCAUCAUGGUGAAUGGACUGGUACAAGACAGCAGUCAGAGUAAUGGACACACAGAGGUCAGCACAGACCUGGACACCCCUCACCAAAGAAAUGACAUCUGCCUGGAGCCCCUGUACAAUUUAUAUGCAAUCUCAUGCCAUUCAGGAAUAAUGGGAGGGGGUCACUAUGUGACUUAUGCUAAAAACCCCAAUGAAAAAUGGUACUGUUACAAUGACAGCAGCUGCAAGGAAGUUCACUCGGACGAGAUUGACACAGAUUCAGCUUACAUCCUGUUCUAUGAGCAACAGGGAGUGGACUACUCGCAGUUUCUGCCAAAAACAGAGGGCAAAAAGAUGGCAGACACCACUAGCAUGGACGAAGACUUUGAAUCUGACUACAAGAAGUACUGUGUGCUGCAGUGAUGCCAUGCUCUUCCACAUUAAAGACACUAGGGGGGUCUGUCAGUACGCCAGUGCAAUGAGGACUGAAACGGCAGAGCCAGAGGACCAUCAUUUGUGAAAGCUCAAAAUAUCAGUUAGCCGACAGGCACAACACCGCCGCCGACUGUGCUUUCAGAAUAGAGGUACCUGACACUUCAGAUACACGAGGGAGAGGGCGAAUGAGUGAAUCACAGAGAACUGUAGCGAUCAUGUGAUUGUUGCCAAGCAAACAAAUAACUGUUAGCCAAUCCCUUGAUAUCACCAUUACCAAACAGACAAAACUGCUCUUUCACACAGGUGAAUCCAAAAAUCACAUAACAAGAGCUUGUGCUUCUGUAGUGCUACAUUUCUGAAUGCUAAUGGACACAACAGAUUCUUUUAAUUCGGAAACUGA